UGUCGUGGCGUGCGGUUAGGUUAGAGUGAGUGGGUAGGGCAGGGUAUUAGUGGCAGUGGCAGUGAGUGUGGUAGGGUAAGGGUACGGUAGGGUAGGGUAGGGUAGGAGGAAAAGGGUAGGGGACAACGCGCGGGAUAGCAUAGACUGGUAAUAAACUAUGAUCGGUCGGGUCAGGCUAUGGGAUGAGAACAAUGGGGAUGGGAUGGGAUGGAUGAAUGGCAUCAAUGUUCAUCAUUCAUGAUUUGCUCGUCGCUCAUUACUAUUUGUUCGUUCCUCGUUGCUCAUUUGUCCCGACCAAGAGGAAAACGAAGAUCCAGUCCCUGGGCUGGGCUUUUGGCUACUGUGUAGUUAGUCUAUUUUCCUUCAUCACCCCCCAAUAUCCAAUGCCGCAAAGGAGCAACUCUGGUGUGCAUGCUUUCAUAUGAGAAAAACGAGAGAGAAAAGAGUACGUCGAGAUGGGGAGACAUUGUGCGCGUGCAUGACUGUAGAUGUAUCUGCAUGUACGGAAUACGUGUAUAGAGAUAGAGAUAGAAUGGAGAGAAUGGAGAGUAGAGCAACGUCCAACGCAUUAUUCGCUCUGAUCGCUCCGUUCUUGGUACCUUUUUCUUCUUAUACUCUCUCUUACCCUCUCCUCUCUCUCCUCCUCGU